AUGAACCUUAACGCAAGGUGUUCCUUGCCCCCUAUAUCCACGCUUCUAAAUCCUCAGCCUAAAUCCGACCUCGACAAAGCUCCCUUGGUGAAGCAUGCAACUUCGAGCGCUCACCAAAUCCAACCAUACGUCCAACCCAGUUUACAUUCGUUGAACUCAAUUACUCUUCGACCUUCACCCGCGCCAAAAUCCGCCCCAGUUUUACAGGAAACCAGUACAAUUCUCUCACGACCAAUUUACAACGACGAUAAUGAUAAAAUUCAAAGUACAUCGCCAUCCUCUACGAGUCAAUGUGCACCACCAAUUGAUCCUAAUUAUAACUCCCAACCCCUUCAAUCCCAAUGUGGUGCCAACGGUUAUCCCUCAGAGUACGAUCAUUGUCGCGAUUCUUUCAUGAAAGAUAUUUAUCAACCAUCUUCCCUGGAUGAGGACAGGACGAUAUCUGAUCUUAAAAAGAUAAUAAACCACUGCACUCUGAUCGGUCAAUUUGCAAAGAAUUAUAGCGAUCUCUGUAAUAGACCUGAGGAUGAAAAUAAACCUUGGGCAUUUUCUACCUCGGCCAUUCCAUCUACACCUGCACUUGAGGAAAACGUUACGGACAUGAUAAACAAAGCUUUCGAGGUACUUUAUGUAUUAAAUGCUUUGAAAGAUGAAAAAAGUCGCCAGAAUCAGCAAACAGAAAUAGAUCUAAUUAGAAAUAAGAGGACAAAUCCUGGGGUUUCUCCUGUACGGCCAAAGUAUCGAAGAAGAACAAAACGACCAGCCCCACCGGGUAGAUGUCACUCUUGUAAUAUUCAAGAGACACCCGAGUGGAGACGUGGUCCUGACGGUGCUAGAACUUUAUGCAACGCCUGCGAUUUUGCAAAGCUAACGCGAAAACGUGCUCAGCUAGCAUUACGUGAACAACAAGAAACUAUACAAAAUGGCACGUACAGGCCCUUCCACCCAUACGCUCCACCACCGUAUAAUACACACACGAAUUUCCUUAGCACCGGUGUCCCUCAUAAAACUAUGGACCAAACGGUUAUGCAAUAG